AUCGCACAGAAAAACAUCUCUGCGAAGGGUUUAGCCGAAGUAAGCAGCUCGGCCUCUUCUUCUGUGCUGGCGGAAAAAGAAAAAGAGAUUGGUGGGGGCCGAUAGAGAGUAAAAGUGAAGAGUGGGCUGAGGACUUGUGAGGUUGAGAAGCUCCGGAGGGAGAAAAAAAAAGGUUUUUUGAGUAUUCGGGCUUGUUGGAGAACUCACUUUUUCAUCGUGGAGAUGGGAGUUCUCUGCAUAUGGUUUGAUCAAUAGAAAGCUGUUAGUUUUGCUUUUCGUGCUUGAAAGGUGGGAUCUUGCCGAUCAAGGUGAGCCUUUUUUCUUUGCUCGGGCGAUUCAAAUUCGUGCAGACUUGACCCGGAGUUAAGUUUCCAGUUAAUGGGUGUUGAGGCUAUUGAUUUUCGCUUCUGUUGCAUGAAAGGCGUGAGCUUGGGGCUUAAUAAGUGUUUAUUUCUUGCGAUGGGAUAGAGGCCGAAUGGAAGGUUCCAAAGAGGAGUCGGGCUUGGAGAGAUCAUCCACCUCGAGACACUUGAAAGCAGGAGGCCAUGUUGCCGCCUCCAGACGUGGCUUCGGUUUGAUUGCCGGCAGCAGUUCUAAGGAGGAGGAGGUAGCAGGAGAUGGUAAAAGAAGUUUUGAUACUACCUGGCUGAAGACUACUGGUGGCAGCGGCGGUCGAAGCCAAGGGGAAGUCAGCCUUAGGGAGUGGUUGGACAAGCACGGUCGGUCGGUAGACUUUAUGGAGUGCCUACACAUUUUCCGGCAGGUUGUAGAGACGGUUAACCGUGCACACCAUCAAGGAGUAGUAGUUAAUAACAUUAGGCCUUCUUGCUUUGUGAUGUCAACCUUCAACUCUGUCUCAUUCAUUGAAUCUGCUUCUUGCUCGGGCUCGGACUCCGACUCUUCCUAUGGAGAAGAAGAAGGCAGUAGUUGCGGUGCCGCGAAAACCCUUACACCCGGCGAGGGUAUCUCUGCUGGUGCUUUCGAGAGUUCUGCACAUGCCACUCAAUUGUCUUUGGUGGAGGAGAUGAAGAGAAAGGGAGAAUUAAGUGAGUUGAGUGCAGUUGGGGAGAGGAGAUACUUUCCUCUUAAGAAGUUAUUAAGUAUGGAGUUUAAUUGGUAUAAAAGCCCUGAAGAAACUCAGGAAAGACAAAGUGUAUUCGCCUCAGAUGUAUACAAAUUAGGUGUUCUACUAUUUGAGUUGUUUUGCAUGUUUGAAACUAUGGAAGAGAAGCUUGGUAUAAUGUCCAACUUGAGACAUCGUGUGCUUCCACCACAGAUGCUGCUUAAGUGGCCAAAUGUGGCAUCAUUUUGCCUAUGGCUGUUGCACCCCGAGCCAAGUAAUCGGCCUAAAAUGAGUGAGGUUUUACAAAGUGAGUUCCUGAAUGAAAAAAGGGAUAGUUUGGAAGAGCGUGAAGUGGCCAUCAAGUUGAAGGAGGAGAUUGAAGAGCAGGAGUUACUCCUUGAAUUUCUUUUGAACCUGCAAAGAACAAAGCAAGAAGCUGCUAAUAUGUUUCAUCACAAUGUUUCCUUUCUUUCUGGUGAUAUAGAAGUAGUUCGAACUCAGAGGUCAAUGCUUAUGAAGGAAAGUGGCUUUCUUGGAGUGGAGAAAGGCGAUCACUCUUCCAUUGAUAAAAUAAAGAGUCCAUUACCCUCUUAUGAAAUAGAUGAUGAUUCCGAUUCCUCGGGAUCGAGGAAGCGAAGUAAACCAGAAUGUAAGGAUUGUGUAGAGGCCAACCAUGAGAGUCAAGGCAAUGUGUUUUCAAAGAGUUCUCGAAUCAUGGAUAACUUCAGAAAGUUGGAGGCAGCUUAUUUUUCAUCUAGAUGUAAGCACGUAAAGCCGGCAUGCAAACUUGCAAGCAAAAAGUUACUAGUCACUAAUACUAGCAGAGGAUCAACUGACAAAACUCAGGGGAGUUCUGUUGAUGACUUGGUUUCCAAGGAAUCCCAAAGUGGAAGUAGAAUGGGUGAAUGGAUUAAUCCCUUCCUCGACGGCUUGCGUAAAUACUUAACCUUCAGUAAAUUUAGAGUUUGUGCUGAACUUAAACAAGGAGACCUGCUAAACUCAUCUAAUUUAAUUUGCUCCCUUGCUUUCGAUCGAGACAAGAAUUUUUUCGCUACUGCUGGCGUAAAUAAGAAGAUCAAAGUUUUCGAAUACGAUGCAAUUAUAAAUGAUGACAGGGAUAUUCAUUAUCCUUUGGUUGAGAUGGCAUGCAGGUCAAAACUCAGCAAUGUUUGCUGGAACAGUUAUAUCAAGAGUCAGAUAGCUUCUAGUGACUUUGAAGGGGUGGUGCAGAUAUGGGAUGUCCCUAGAAGCCAAGUCCUUGUUGAAAUGAGGGAGCAUGAGAAACGUGUGUGGUCUGUUGACUACUCGUUAACAGAUCCCACAAUGUUGGCUACUGGAAGCGAUGAUGGAACUGUGAAGCUCUGGAAUAUUAAUCAGGGAGGAAGCACUGGCACUAUUAGAACAAAGGCAAAUGUAUGUUCGGUUCAAUUUUCACCUGAAUCUGGCAGAAUAAUUGCUGUUGGUUCAGCAGAUCAUAAUGUGUACUGCUAUGAUCUGCGUAAUAUAAGGAUACCUCUUUGCAAGUUUGUUGGCCAUAGUAAGACUGUGAGCUAUGUGAAGUUCUUGGAUUCAUCAAAUCUCAUAUCUUCUUCGACGGAUAACACGAUAAAGCUCUGGGAGUUGUCGAUGGGCGCAUCGAGGGUGCUUGACAAUCCUAAUCUGACAUUCUCUGGGCAUACAAAUGUGAAGAAUUUUGUCGGUCUCUCCAUUUCUGAUGGCUAUAUUGCUACAGGUUCUGAAACAAAUGAGGUUUUUGUAUAUCAAAAAGCUUUCCCCAUGCCUGUUAUGUCUUACAAUUUUGGCUGCAUUGAUCCAAUUUCUGGCCUUGAAGACUGCAAUGCGAACCAGUUCAUCUCCUGCGUGUGCUGGCGAGACCAAUCUUCGACUCUGGUUGCGGCGAAUUCGAGUGGCAACAUCAAAAUUUUGGAAAUGGUGUGAUUCUCUCUCUCUCUCUCUUUCUAACAUGAAAUCAUUUCAUUUCUCUGGUUAGAAAUUUAUAUUCUGGAAGGUUUGAAUGAUAUUUCUUGUUUCCUCAGAUGUAGUAGAUCAGGUUGAUGGCCUGAUAUGUACAUUAUUAGCUUCAUAGAAAAUGAAUGGCAAAAGCAUGUUGUUUAUAGGCAAUUUGAGUACAUUUCUGUUUUGCUUCCAUUUGUUCUUUUGUGAUAAGAUCUCACAUUGAAUUUACUUUGCAGGCUUCUAAGGUUUAUGUUGUGUUUGUGUGAUUAGAAGGGUAUUUAAGAUCAUAAUUAAUGAAUAGGUUGUUGGAGUAGUUGGCUCUGUAACUUGGGGUAAUUUGAUUCAUUUAUGAGAUUUUUGUUGAAUUA